GGACAUGAUGCCGUGCAAGUUGAUGCGGUGCGCGGCGUCGAUGGCGAAAGCGUAUGUGCUGCAACGGCGACACCUCACGGUGGUCCCGAUGGCGAAAGUCUCGCCAUCCAUGACAGGCGGCCGCAUUACCAAGUGGAAGAAGAACGUUGGCGAGUUUGUGUCGUGUUACGAUUUGUUGUACGAGUUCGAAGUGAGCGGACUCACGGACAUUGACGAAGAAGAAAACGUCACGACCAAGAUGGAGCUGGAAAGCUGCGACGAAGGGUACCUGGCCGUCGUGUUCGACCCCGUGGAGCCCAACACGUGUCCGAAGCUCGUUGCCGGGGGAUCUCCUGUCGCCCUGCUCUGCGACUCGACCGACGAGAUGCGCGCGGUGCAAGAACGUUUCAAGAGCGUUGGCCCCCAGAUGGCCGAGGGCGACCACAACGUCAUGCCGUGGCAUGCAUACCUGUUGGAGCCGCAGCGAAAGGACAAUUCAUGCUGUAGCUAAAUACUGUGUGGAAUCUGUCGGUUCUGUUGCCGCUCCUUGGCGCAAACAAAGCGUUCUUGUC